CUCGGUCUAAUUAUGUAAGUUAAUAACUAUAGUGAGCUGAAGUUUGUGUUUCCCACGUGGGCAGAGCUACUAUCUCAAUAGAGCUUAGGUAUCGUUCCACUCAUCGACGAACUUCUUGCUAAAAUGACAUUAGCUGUGCCGUUAGACUGGUUCUUAUUUCGCUCCACUUGGUAACUAUGUAUCUGAGGGCUGAUCCACCUAGGCCGUCUCAUCGUCUCUGUAGCUGCCGAGAAACAGACAGGGCGAAACGUCCAUGGGUGUAGGAAAAAUAUCCGGGCUCUGGGUCUCUGGGUCUCUUAAGAGGAGUCGGUCGACCACAGCAAUAUUACAUAGGUAGUAUACUUCCUACCAUCUCGACGCCGUUCAUAUGGUAUGUAACUGCUAUUGUCGAGAGUAGGCUCUCAUCCAUUAUAACAUUGGCGAGGUCCAUGCAUUCUCUGGCCCACUUCCUGACAUCGUUGAACUGGAACUGCUUGAGAAAUAAAACCAGAGAGAGGGCUUUCCGCUAGCUUUCUCUUUCAGCAACUUCUACUUCGUACUCCAGUCAAAUACAUAGUACAGAGUUAUGGCAUACAAUGACGUUUACGGGCCAUUAGACUCCAUCAGCAACACCAUCUCGCCUCUACCCACUGGCCAUCGCAAUGGGCUCAUUGCCAUUGCUGUCUGCGGCUUGCUGUCAUUUGUGACAACAACAACGCUGUUCUUAUUUUUGACGUACAAAUUGAUCAUUUGGUGUAUGCGCCCGGUUCAGGAAGGUGAUGCUCACCAAACCCCAGCAAAUGACUUGUCGUUGGGCCUGGCCCAAAGGAACUUUGCGAAGAAGGCGAUUCCCGAGCAAGGAAUCUCACGGCAACGACGAAAGAAAGGAUCGCCAAACCAGUUUCUCAUCCUCGUUUAUAACCUGUUCUUUGCCGAUAUGCACCAAUCCACGGCCUUUUUGCUAAAUAUCCCAUGGAUUCAACGAAACGAGAUUACCGUUGGCGACCCGACCUGCUGGACUCAGGGCUGGUUUGUGUCAAUAGGGGAUCUGUCCGCAAGUUGCUUCGUUUGUGCCAUUGCCGUCCACACGUAUGUUACUGUGGUGAAAGGUUGCAACCCGCCACAACGGCCGUUUUAUAUUGCUAUAACAUGUUUGUGGAUCUUUAUCUACGCCAUAGCCACCAUCGGUGUGGUGGCAACUAACAACGGAAAAGGAGCCGGUGGUUUUUAUGUUCGAGCAGCGGCCUGGUGCUGGAUAAAUGUCAGGUUUGAAAAGCUUCGUCUCUGGCUUCACUAUUUCUGGAUCUUUCUUUCGCUUUUCGUAACCAGCGUCUUAUACGUCCUGAUCUUCGUCUUCCUCCAGCAGAAGAAGAACUCGCUCCAACCGCUAUCGCACAGUCGUCCUUCAGCAUCGACUCGACCAAGAAAAACUUCCAAACCGCCGGAUCCGUCAGGCUACCACCCGGCAUUCCUGAUAUACCCCGUCAUAUACAUGCUCUGCACGGCACCGCUGGCGUUAGGACGUGUGUUUACGAUGGCUGGGAGGGACGUGAGUAUAGCUUACUUUUGCGCGGCCGGUGCCAUGAUAGCCUCCAAUGGCUGGCUGGACGUGCUCUUGUUUUCAACGACCCGCUACUCUAUCAUCUUCGAAGCGCCCCUAGACUCGGAGAACACGGGCCUAGAAACAUUCUUAUUUAUGAGGACACCGCACUGGAGGCUAUACGGGAACAUGAUCUGGGUGCAAGGAGGAGCACAGAAUACUGACGACGAGGAAGGUCAACGACACAGGAAACGUAGAAAGGCUGUCUGGGGCUUAGAUCGCCUAGGGCAACUCGUGGGUCGGGGUGGGAGAGAUGGGCGAUCUAAGAUAGGCGGCCGAAGCAGCGGGAGUCAGGAGUCUCUGAGGGGCAUUAUGAGGAGAGCAGAGACUGGAAUUCAGAUGGAUACAGUUACGACAGUCGUUGUGGAGAUCGAACAAGACCUCGGCAAUACUAAAACAAGCUCGCGGGAACCCUCCGCUCACUCGAUUGACAGUUCGGAAAAGGAAAUGGCCUAUAGGGUGGGAAGUUUGCGGCUAUAAUGUGAAAAUAAAAAUAUAAAAAAUAUGAAAAAAAUAUUGACUGAUAAACAUGGAAUGAUAACUUGAAGCUAUUUAGGUACAUAUGUGCCUAUGUAUGUGCCUAUGUAUGUGCCUAU